AUGGAGUCUUCUGCUCUUCUCCCUUCUCAGGUGUUGGGGAGCACCAGCCAGGAGUUUCCCAGGGCUCUGUUUAUUUCCUCAGGCUCCGUCAUGUCAUGCUUCACCCAGCUAUGGCACUCAAACACACCAGACUCUCCCACCAGCCCGGUCCCUGUGUCUCCCAGUGAAAUUCCCAUCCCCAUCAGCCCCAUUGUUAUCACUUCCCCAGGAGAUGGCAAGAGGAAGGCGAGGUCCCCAACCGAUAAACCAGGAUCUCCAAACCCUACGUCACCCAAGCCAACCUCCCCUGUUGAAUGUUCCAUUUGCUUUAACACCUACGACAAUACCUUCAAGACUCCCAAGUUGCUCCAGUGCUCCCAUGUGUUCUGCCUGGAAUGCGUGGCUCGCCUGAGCACAGGGCUGCCCCCAAAUCAACCGGAGGACCAACUUCCCUGCCCCUUCUGCAGGCAGCUGACCAGCAUUCCUCUGGAGGGCGCUCCAGCACUUGAGACCAGCAAGGAGCUCCUUGCCACACUGCCCCCUGAACUCCAGCAGGAGAAGGUGCUCUGGAUGGAAGGGACCAAGCUCUGCUGCCGCCAGUCAUCUGAAGACCCUGAGAAUCCAGAUUCAUGCAUCUCCAUCGACGUUGCUAUGAGCAAGCCAGAAGCUCCAGAGGCCCCCCCAGCAGGAUUAGCUGGGAGGCUAUCCCGCUGUGACAUGUGCGAUGACUGGAAACGCAUAGUCCUCCUCUCAGCUUUGAUCAUCAUCCUGUUCUGCAUCAUUUUGUGGCCAGUCCAGUGUGCCCUGAAGACAGGAAAUCUCCGCUGCUUCACAAGAACUGUUGCAAUGAGCAGGCCAGAGUAUCUCCCCACUAAACAUACCACAACAGCAGCACCCGUGACACAGCUGCCUUUCCAGUAG